AUGGAAGAAUUUUUGUCAUUAAUUAAAGCAAGAUUGUUUAAAGAAUUAGAUUAUGGAGAAUUUGAAGAUAUAAAGGAAAUUUCGGAUGGGUCAAGCUUAAUUGAGCAUUCAUAUUGGAGGAGAAAUCAUCGUCAUGUAGUCCUCAAAUUUUUGAAAGAACAGUGUAAAGAUGAAUAUUACAAAAAAAUCAUCAGAGAGGAUUUUCACUCCAUGGUACUUCAAUAUUAUAAUAAACCCCUUAGAGAGCAUUUGAAAGAGGUCUCAAAACAAGACUGGGAUUACAAAUUAAAAAUGGCCAAAGAUAUUGCCAAUGGUUUGAAGUAUAUCCAUGCAGAGAAUAUUAUACAUUGUGAUUUGCGUCCAUCAAUUGAAGAGGUCAUUAAUCUCCUCAAAGAUAUUGAGCUAGAUUGUGUAUAUCGAGAUGAUGAUUAUAUUCCAAAAAUUUGUUUAGGGAGAAAUGAUACUUCCAUAUCAAAAAAAGAACCUUGCUUAAUGGUGAUUAAGGGCUCACCUCAGAAUCAAUACUUUUUCAUUCGUCCAGAUGAAACAUUUAUAGGAAGGAGGAAUUCAAAUCACAUCAUUAUAAAAGAUCAAGAAAUUGCUAAAAUACAUGCAAGAUUAAAAAUUCCCAUGGAAAAAGAUGACAUGAUUAAAAUGGGACGCAGUAUUUUUCAAUACCUUCCUACUGGAGAAUAUGAGAGCCGCAUUGAUAAACUUUUACCGAUUUAUAAUAGGGCUUAUUUGGAGAAAAGCUUGGCAAAUGAAUUCUUGAACGCAAGAGAAAAUGAGCAAAAUAUGAGUUUGCUAUUUUUUGAUUUGGAUAAUUUCAAAAGUAUUAAUGAUGGAAAUAACCAUGAAGCUGGUGACUACGCUUUAAAAGAAUUAGCUAAGCUGAUUCAAAAUUCUCAUGCUCGUGCUGAAGACAUUUUUGCACGAUAUGGUGGAGAUGAGUUUACAAUUCUUCUCAAGAAUACUGAUGUAAAGUCGGCCUCUGAAAUUGCUGAGAAAAUUCGAAGCCCACUCAUUUAG